GGCGCUGGGCUUUCUCCUCGGAUUUCGGCCUGUCGUGUCGACGGUGGUCGGAGAUACAAUGCCUACUCGGUCAGACUGUGGUAGAGGCUGAGCAUUCGCCGGGCGUGUUUUUCUCCGUAAGAAAUUAGAGGUUGCGUUGAACGAAAGAGCGACAGCAAGGAUGCUGGCCGAUCAGUCGCAGACGUGGUUUCCCACCCAUGUCCAAGUCACUGUCCUACAAGCCCGGGAUUUGAACCCCAAGGUAAAAGCGGCCACCAAUGAUACAUACACUAUUAUCAGCUGGGUUAAAGAGAAAUAUUCGACUUCGGUGGCGGAGAAAACCUUGUCCCCGAUAUGGAGGGAGGAAGUGUCCUUUGAGUUCCGUCUCUUGCUGCAAGGUACGCCGGAGAAAUACACCCUACACCUGAUGUCAUGCACCGUUCGCUGGUCGGGCUGGACUAAUAUUCCUCGGCAGGUGGCCAUUUGCCUCAAUGAACUUUUUGAAAAUAAAUCGAGGAGGCACAAAGAAUGGUUCAAGUUAAAGUCCAAACCAGGAAAGAAAUCAAAAGAAAGAGGAGCAAUCCAAGUUUGCAUCCAGUUUAUGCGAAAUAACAUGACUGCAAGUAUGUUUGAUCUUUCGAUGAAAGACAAAACAAGAUCCCCUUUUGCCAAACUGAAGGACAAAAUGAAAGGAAGAAAAAGUGAUAGCAUGUUCUCUGAUCAUUCAUCUGCAAUCAUUCCAAGUACUACUACUGCUAACCCUGAUCAAGAAGCAUUGGAAAUGGAUAAACAGCUAAAGUCAAAGCCAAAGAAAAACUUCCUAUUGGGACCUCAAAGACUAUCAUCUGCUCAGUCAAUGUCAGAUUUACCUGGUUCCCAUCCAUCACUGGAAAAAAUUAAAUCCAAUACCAUAGGCCACGUGGUGUACAAACCUCCUUCAGGAACAGUUUAUGCAAGAGAAGAAAAGGGGAGUGACUACCUUCCAAAAUCACCCCACAGACGAUCACAAAGCAUGGACACCUCCAAGAUUGAUCAAUUUGACCUAGUGUCUGCCCCAAAGAAUGGAGCUGAUCCAACAAAGUCGCCACAAAAGGCCGCAACAUUGCCAAGAAGUAGAAAUCCUUUUGAUAGUACCAGUGACUCAUGGGAGAUCAGAGACACAAGUUUAGAUACCAAAUAUGCAGCAAAUUACAGACUGUCUGAUGUUAAGAAAGAGGCCAAGAAAGAUAAAGAGAAAGAGAAAAUUAGUCUUUUUGCACGUGUGACUGGCAAGAAAGAUGUCAAAAAGCCUGAAAAGAUUACCAACAUGAAGUCAGAAAGUUUCAGUGAUGCCAAACCAGUAAAUCCCUUUUCUGGAAAUUUUCACAGCAGUUUUGAAAUUGAUUCCAAAAAUCCAUUCUUCACAGAUUUGAAAGCAGAUGGUAUGUCCAGUUUGACAAAGCCCACAAAUUAUGAAGAUGUGAAGAGCAAGGCAUCCACUGACCAACAUAAUUGUCUAAGUAAUAAUCAACAUGCAAGAAAAGCCUUCAAGCAGCAUCAUUCUGAAUACUAUGGGGACAAAAUCACAGAUCCCAGCCUUCUUACCACUACAUAUCGUAACUUAUCCUACGAUGAACUGAUCUAUGAAUUGAUGAAACACAAAGAACUUGUUAAAAGGAAGGACAGCCAAAUCCGAGAACUUGAGGACUACAUCGAUAACCUCCUUGUACGAGUAAUGGAGGAAACUCCCAGCAUUCUUAGGGUACCAUAUGAACCAUCUAGAAAAGCUGGAAAGCUUUCAAAAAACAAUUAAUCCGAUUAAUAUUUUGGAAUUCACAAAAUAUAUUUGGUGUCUGUUGAAUCAGCUCUGAAGUAUAAUUCAUAAACUGGUAAAGAAUUUGUAGAGCAGAGAUACCGCAAAGCUUUCUGUAGUGAGUAUUGAAUGUUUGCUGCCAAGCAGAGUAGAAUCUAUACAUUUUGCAUUACUUAGUAAUUAGACUAACAUUAAAUAUUAACUUAUCUCAAAACUUUAUUGUUUUAAAAUUAGUUCAUUUCAUUGUGUACAGAUGAGAUAUUAAUAGUGUUAUAAAGUGAAUUCACUAAGUUAGAUUGAUCGUGGGGGAGCUGUUCUGCAUAACUCUCACCUGCUGAUCUUGCAGGUUUAUUUUUAUAAUUAUCUAACUAGAAUGUAGUGACAAUAGAAUGAGAUAGUAGCCUAAAAUGAAGUUGGUCUCAUUGUAAAUUACUAGGCAUUUCAAUGGUUGCAGUGCUGUUUGCAUACCUCAGAGGGGUCUUGCAUUCACUUUAGAGAAUGUUGGUGUUUGCACAACAAAUUUGAUGUUUUCUAUUACAUUAUGAAAGCCAUUCACUUACUUGAAUCCUUUGAAGCAAAAUGUCAAUACAUCUUGUGAUGCCAAAACUGAUCCCUUUAUAUUUGCCGAUUACUUGAUUAUCUAUUGUGUGUGUGUGUGUGCUUUGGGGAAGAGUCUGAUGCAUUUAUUUUGCGGAGGGAAGAUAAAUUUAGUGGUGUGUUUUGUAUUGCAAAAGUUAUGAAGUUUAGUUUGAAUGUAUUUAAGCAAGAUGUCAGUAUAUUAGGCAGUGUCAAAACCAAUCACUUUGUUUUUGUUGCACUUGAUUAUCUAUUGUAUUUGAAUCUUCUAGUUCUUCCAGAAAAAAACUGGGCUUAUUUUUGGAGCUCAUUUUCAAGUAUACUUCCACCUGUAUUUCUCUAAUACUGCACAGCAAAUCCAGUAUUUUCUACUUUCAUUUUAAUCUCCAUUUUGCCCUGCUUUAAUGAAACAGUGUAUAGCAAAAAUAAAUUGGACAUUAUUUUUGCAAAACAUUAAUAUGACUACAACUUAAAACAUUGAGAUUCCAGUUAAAAUGGCAUCUUUUGUAUUGGUGAAAAGUAGUUUGGGUAUAUCGAAUUAAAGAUGACAGUACAACACUAUGAGGAAAGAAGGCCAUAAACCACCAAGGUGCUCUUCCAUCUCCCACCCACAAACAUUUUAUCACCAUCUUACAUUCUAUAGAUUUCACAGUUCAGUCAGUUCUAACCCGAGAUACUUCAUUUUUACAGAAUGGCACUUGAGAUUUUGCACAGAAAAUGCGUCCUUCAAUGGUGCAAUUGUUAAGUAUUUAAGAAAGAAUGCCAAACUUUAGGAUGAUGGUGUAAAAUUCACAAACAUUGAGUUAUGUACAUUUAUGUGAAGAGCACAACUUUGGUAUUCUGGAAUAAAAGUUGUGUAUCUCAUGCCAAAUUAUACUUGGGUUUCCUGUGCAUUUUAAAUAGAACCAUAAGCCAUAAUCAAAAAAGUACAUAUUCAUCUUCAUACUCAUUUGAAAAUGAAACAAUGGAAAGCUAUGCAUAUUUCGAGUCUGUGCUUAGGAAUUGCUGUCACUUAGCCCUAUGAACAUCUUCAGAUGCAUAGUGUGUGUUGCAUAUGAAAGUGACCAUCUUUAGUGUUCUCCUGAAUCAUUCAUUGAAAGCAUUUAGAGUUUUUGGGUAAUGGUGAAAUCUAACACGGCCAGAUUAUUUGUCCAACUACAUUAGAACAGACCUCUGACAUGUAGUUGGGUAAAGCUGCUUGCUUUGGAUAAGACUUAUACCUUUUUAUUUUUUUUACACAAUUAUCUAUGUAAAAGCUGUAUGCCAAUAUUGCUUUUGCACUUUUUGUAAGUGAAAUUUUGCAACAAGAUAUUUAAAUGGUGCACCUGCUAAUUUUUAAUGUUUCACAAAAAUACCACCUUUUAAGUUUUACUUUGUUCCUUAACUCUUAAAGGUACUUAGAUGACUUUAAUAAUUUUGAGGCAAACUAGUUCAAAUAUUUAGCACAAGUAAAAUUUUUUUAUUAACCAUUUGUAAAUACAACAUACGGUGAGAAUUAAGUUGCAAAAGGUACAGAAAGUUGUGCAUGAUAAUAAGGUGUACAUUUAAGGAGAAUAAUGCUUGCUUUAACUCUAUGAUACCUGCCUAUUAGGGAACUGAAAUAAUCGGCAUGCCAUUUGUAGUGGGAGUUCACAGUGCAUUUAUAUGAAGACCACAGUAAUUAUACCAGUAAUUGAGGCUUGACCACAUUAUGAAUUUUUACAUUACACUUCGUCUUGUAGACAUGUCACCAUGCAAUUUCACAAUUGAAAAGGUAAUAUACUUAUGGGUUAUUGUUUUGUAAUCUUCUAUUGUGCCAAUUAUUUUACUUGGCACAUUUUUACUUUUUUGUGACCAGUUUGUUAACUGACUUAAAAUACCAUUUUUGUAUUCCAGCUGAAUCAUAUUGUGAUGGAAAAUGUUCUUGCUUUAUCACUGCCUUUACUCUUCUGAUUAGUUUAUGAAAUAGUAAACCAAUGGAGAUCCUUUGCAAAGGAAUUGUAUUGUGCAACUGGAAGAGGUUUGUGCACUGGUGCUAGGAUGUUUUGCAUAUUUAUGCUUCACAAUGAAUAAAUAUAAGCUUUUAUCAUUCUAAUAUCUUAUUCAAACCCUAAGGCAGUGUAUUUGCCUCACUGGUUAGCUGUUGUGGGAGAUCUGAACAUUUUCAAAUAGCCUAACACUUAAUUAAAUCCAAAUCCACACCUGUAUAUAUUUAAAUAAAAAUCUGGGCUACCAAGUGAUUGACAGUGGAAUCUACAAUUUAUCUACUUCAGAGUUAAGGGCUUGAUAACUAAAGUUACAAGUUCACCUCAGAACUCAUCAUUAGUGAUAAAUUAUACAAUCAGGCAAAAAUCAAUGGAUUAAAAAAAAAUGUCCUGUGAGAGAACUAAGAAAUGCUACCAAAUCUUUUAGUUUUAUUUUAAGUUGGUACUCGAGGUACAGCAAUACUAGAUUUCCUUCUGCUCUGUUGACUUCUUGGGCAAAUAGUUCACAGCUGAGCAUUCACUCCCGUACUGUGGCUAUGUGAGCAGACGUUACAACAUUUUCUUUGGUGCAGUAGUUUCUUCGAAGGAUGUAAAUUGGUGCAGCUGAAGUGUCUCCACUGACUUUAGAAUUGUCGCUGACUUGUACCAGAGUUCUACAGAGUAAAGCCAGCAAGGUCAACUUGCCUGUAAAGUUUUAAAACUUAUCUCUAAUUUACCUCUUCUUCUUAUUUGAUUUUUCUAUCCAUUCAGAUACCUGCUUUGCCCUAUGACCAAGUGUGUUGUUCAGAAUUUGUUCCCAUUUCCAAGUCAUGGUACCGAUUUAUGCAUAAGUCAUGCACAGGGUUUUUGUAAAUUUUUGCAUAUUCUUGAAUCUGAGUUAGUUUUUUUGAUGCAAAGACAGCAGAACAUUAUAAGAAAUAUUUGGAAGUGGCUUUCUUCCAUUUUUAGGAAUCAUUCUAAUCCAUUUAACAUCAGCCAAAAAAUAUACUGCAUGUAAAAUAUGGGCUUCUAUGCAGCUUUAAGUUGUAAUACUACACAGUAAUUUAAAAUAUGAACAAAUAUAGGAAACAAUUUCUGCAGUGAAAAUUGAAUUUUGAAUACUAAGGUUUAUACACAUGACAAAAUGUAUUAUGCAAGGGUUUCUUUUAAUGAUUUUUUAAAUGCGCCUAGGCAUGACCUGCAAGAGAUUUUUUUAAUGAAAAUUUACAGGACUUUCAGGUCAUAAAUUGUAUGAAUCCAAGGCAAAGGUUGCUAGUCAUUUAGUGUACUUGUAUUUAUGGCAAAUUCAAAAAAUGGAGAAUACACUCAGCAUGUUUGUUUUGCAUUAAAUGAAUAUUCCAUAUUUGGUAUUGUAAAUAAGCUAAAAAUGGCUGCAUGUGGCUUGAUGUAGCAUGCAUUUUAUUAUUAAAGAAUGUUUAAAGAAUUAUUAAAGAAUGGCUUUCAAAUUGCAUGUUUAGAAAUUACAGUGGGUUGAAAAGAGUACUGAUGGUAUUAAUCUAUUAAUGGUUUAUUUACAUUGCACUGCAAGUUGUGACAAAGCAUAUAUUUCAUAACAUUAAAUUUCUUAAUACGUUCUGCAUUUCUGUACCUACUCAUAAAUUAUCAUUGCUAGAAACCAAAUGCUGCAUGUUUCAUAUGUUC